AUGACGAGUGGCGGGAAUACGAACAGUGCAGUUCCUGGAGCUGUUGUGCCUGAUGGUGGUUGGGGAUGGGUUAUUGUAUUUGCAUCUCUUAUGAUACAUUUUAUAAUGGAUGGAAUAACAUAUUCAAUGGGUGAUGUAUUUUUACGUCCUAUGAUGGAUAAUUUAAAUAAAACUCGAGGACCUGUUUCAACUAUUUUUGGAAUUUUACCGGCAAUAACACUUGCAACAGGACCUAUUGCAACCAUAUUUACAAAUACAUAUGGAUGUCGAAAGGUGACAAUAGUUGGAGCUUGUUUAGCUGCUGCUGGAUUUUUAGCAAGCUAUUUUUGGGCGAAUCUUUGGUUUUAUUAUCUAGCGAUUGGCAUUAUUGGAGGCCUUGGUUUUGGUUUAAUCUAUUUACCAGCUAUUGUAUCUGUUGGUUUCUAUUUUGAAACGAAACGUUCGUUUGCUAUGGGUAUUGCGGUUUGUGGUUCAGGUUUGGGUACACUAGCAUUUCCAGCCGUUAUGCCAUAUAUUAUAAAUGCACCAUUGUGGUUUGAUUAUGAAGGCGCUCUUCUACUUGAGGCAGCAGUUAUCUUUAUUUGUGUCAUAUUUGGUGCUUUAAUGAUUCCGUUGCCACAAGAACCGAGUGAAAUAAGACGCGUAGAACGAAAAGCACGAGCAGAAGCUAAACGACAAGCGCUCAAAGCAGGAGCUGCAACUAGUCUAAAUAAUGAACAACAAGGUCCAUUACUUCCGACAAAUCGAGAAAGUGAGAUCCCAUUACAAGAAAUAAGUGUAGUUCCAAAAGAAUCAACUGCUGUCGUUCCUGCUGAACAAGAAUGUCUAUCUGACGAUAAACGCCGAGUAUCAUUAUCAGAUUUGAAGCAGAAGGACCUUUAUAUUAAUAAUCCUCCAGACGAAAUUCUUUCGAGAUCUCAUGAAAAUGUGUCCAAAACAGUAACAAAUGAUUUACCAGUUGUAGUUUCACGCAAAGAUGCCAUUUAUCAAGGUAGUUUACACAAUAUUCCAUUAUAUAACGAGGAUACUACUGAAUAUCAUCGUCAAAUGAUAACAACAAGUGAUAUGACAAAUGAAACAAUCAAAAAAGCCCCAAAAAAGUCAUUUUUUGCAAGAAUUGCUGAACAAAUUGACCUUAGUUUAUUAAAAGAUGCCGCAUUUGCUUUAUUUGCUAUAUCAAAUUUUUUAACAAGUCUUGGUUUUAAUGUUCCAUACAAUUUCGCUAAUGAUUUAGCUGCUGAUGCUAAAGUUAUUGAACAUCAAAGACAUUGGAUUAUUAUGUCAAUUGGUAUUGCCAAUUGUUUUGGUCGAGUCAUUAUCGGUUAUUUAGCUGAUCGAUCAUGGGUUAAUCGUUUAACAUUAUACAAUACCACAUUAAUAAUUGCUGGUAUAGCUACAAUGUUUGCGCCAUUUUGUAAUUCUCUUGUUCAAACACAUAUGACUUAUGCUGCACUAUUUGGAUUUUUUUCUGGUGGUUAUGUUGGUUUAACAUCAAUUAUUAUUGUAGAUUUAGUUGGUGUUGAUAAAUUAUCUGAUGCUUUUGGUGUUCUUUUAUUAUUUCAAGGUGUUGCUGUUGCUAUUGGAACACCAAUCGUUGGUACAAUGCGUGAUGCAUUUUCGGGUUUUGAUCGACCUUAUCUCUGGCCAUAUUUAAUAUUUGGUGGUUCGAUUUUAUUAAGUGGUGUUAUUCUCUUUGCUAUUCCAGUAUUGAAACGACAAAAAGAACAUCGUCAAAAACCAACACAACAUCAAUUACAAAUGGGAGUUUUAUCAUUUUCAAAACAAAAUUUAUCAGCACCCGAACAACAACAGCAACUUUAA